AUGAAUAAUUAUACUCUUAAGAAUCUUACUGCUAUCAGUAGAGAGUAUGUGGUUCUUACACAUAAAACCGGAAUCACGGUUGAUCAUGAUACAUCCAUGAUAUAUGCAUCUGACUCAUGGUGGAAGGAUCAAGAGUUUGGAUGCAAAGUAACAAAGCCACCUCAAUUUUGGGAUGUGAUGCAACGAUGUUUCAUAUUACAUGAUGUUCAAUCACAAUCUCAACACUCUGCUCGACAAAGAAGAGAACAGUUGAUGAACGAGCAUGCAAAUGAUGAAGAGGAUCAUGAUGAUUCAGACAGCGAUAGUGGUGACGUUCCACCCCAAAUUCCUGUGACGCAAGACGAAGAAGAAGAAGUGUAUCAUGUUACCAUUAAUGACGAUGACAUGAACCAAAAUUUUGCUCAUAAAGGCCAACAACGAGGGAGGCUAAAUUUGCAGUCAACCACCAGACGUGGGAGUAAUUCACAAAGAUCUGGAGGAAGCUCAAGAGUUUCUACUGGUAAUGGUUCAAGAGGAACUCAUAGGAGACAAUUUUUUGAGACAACAAUACAAGACACAAUUGUUGGCUAUAAAGAAUUCCAACGACAAAGCUUUCAACAACUUCGCCCUGCCUCAAGCACCGACGAGGAUAAGCUACAAUUGUUGGAAGCGAUGACUGGUGUUUCGCGGAACAACCAAGAUGUGCCAAAACAGUUAGGUUCAGGCCAUUCAUUUGGGAGUCCACAUUCAAGAGGUCUAUCAUCCAACAUACCAUCUUCUGUGGGUAAUAAUUUAGGAGCGCAAAAUUCACCUGGUUUUUGGGGACCUGGUUAUCAACAAUGGGGAACACCACCAAAUGUUUCACAGUGGGGGCACACCGCCAAAUGCUCCACAUUGGGGCACACCGUCACACAUUCACAUAUAUUUAGAAUGGAGCACCAGGUUCAUGCCACGAUACAGCUGUUUUACAAAUGGCCCAACAAAGUGAUUUUGGAUUUCCUUUGCCUCCAUUAG